UUCAAGCUGGUCUGCACGGCGUGCUAGCCGUUACAAGUGGAUUAUAUAAACGCAUACACGAACCUCGAAGGAAAUCUUUUGCUCUAACGCCAAGGCCGUGCAUUCACUGCAUUGCGCUGAAGUUGUAAAUUUUGUGAUUUAGGACCCGGGAACCAUGCGGAUCCAGCGGAGUCUAGUGUUUUGUGCCUUCGGUACGCUCUCCCUCCUCACACUUGUUGCCGGCAAGGCGCUCAUCGACCAACAAGCCGCCGAAUCGCAAGCGAGCAGCGUCACCGUCGCCCAGCAACGCAUCGGCUGGGAUCACGAUGCUCACCACGAAGUACAUGAAGUGCAUGAUCAUCAUCAUGAGCACCAUGAGCACCACCACGAUCCGGGCUUUUGGAAGAAGAAAGUCACUUGGAAGGAAGGUUGGAAAAAGAUUUGGAAACCAGCGAAAAAACAAAUUUGGAAUCCAUCGUGGAAGCAAAUUUGGAAGCCCAUCUGGGUGCCGGUUAAGGUGCCCGCCUGGAAGGAUAUAAAAGUGCCGGCGUGGAAGCAAGUGUGGAAGCCAGUAUGGAAGGAGAUACAAGUACCCGCAUGGAAAGAGAUACAAGUACCGGAUUGGAAGAAGAUUUGGAAACCCAUAUGGGUGCCGACGAAGGUGCCAGCAUGGAAGGAUAUACAAGUGCCGGCGUGGAAGCAAAUUUGGGUGCCCGUCUGGAAAGAAAUACAGGUGCCGGCAUGGAAGGAGAUACAAGUGCCCGACUGGAAGCAAUACUGGACGCCUGAGUGGAUCAAAGUGGGCAUACCUGGUGAAAAGUAUUUGGGUAAAGAUCCCGAAGGCUGGGAAUACACAAGUCACGAUUUGUGGAAGAAGAAGCUGAUAUGGAAAUCGCAUUGGAAGAAAAUUUGGAAGCCAGCGAAGAAGCAAAUUUGGGUGCCCAGCAAGAAAUUGGAAUGGAAGGCAGAUUGGAAGCAAAUUUGGAAACCGGCGAAGAAACAAAUCUGGGUGGACGACAAAAAAUUGGAAUGGAAGGAAGCGUGGAAACAAAUCUGGAAGCCAGCCAAGAAGCUCGUUUGGAUACCCGACAAGAAACUCGAAUGGAAAGAGUCGUGGGUGCAAAUUUGGAAGCCGGCGAAGAAACAAAUCUGGGUUGAGGACAAAAAACUCGAAUGGAAAGAAGCGUGGAAACAAAUUUGGGUGCCAGGUUGGAAGGAAAUUUGGGUGCCCGCUUGGAAGAAGAUCUGGCGGCCGGUGAUCAUAUCCGAGUGGUUCCCCACGCCCGAUCAUCAUCACGAGCAUCAUCACGAACAUGCGGAGCACGGCUGGGAUCGCAAGGAUGCGCAGGGAGAGGGCGCCAAUAAGUUGGUGUGGAAACGCGACGAGAAAGCGACUCAGCUGAAACCAGUCGCCACAGCUGAUUUUCGGACAGCAAAAUCAGCUGAAGUGAAGGCAUCCCCUGCAGUGGGUACACAGCCCGUAGCAGCAACAGCAGCGCAUGGCCAAGGCUUCAAGUUUCCGGGCGCGUAGAUGAGUGGAGAAUUUCUUGAGCAACACAGCCAUUUUGAUAUGUGAAUUACCUGCAAGCACGCUUCCUCUCAAACACGCAAAGCAGCAUUUAUUUGCAGAUAUACAUACAUAAAUAUAUGUUAGGCUUCGAUGCAAGUACAGUCAUGCAUACUUUUUGAAAGCAUCACACUCCGCCACUUCAUUUACACGCGCAUUGCUUUUUGUACUCGUAAUUGUAAAUAUGUAUUCCAGUCGUUAGUUUUUAAGUCACUGCACAAAUCAUAACGAAUGUGUAAAAUUUAUUUAAAUUCAUUUAGUUUUAGUGCGCUACUCUACUACCACCCAUUGGAGAGUUAUUCUUCCAGUUUUCGCUGCUAUCAAAAUCGGCCUUCUUCACACAUUUCGUAUAAUUUAAAUUAAA